GAAAUAUGUACUCCAGUACAGCAUGGUUUUAGCUCAAGUCUCACCACGUACAUCAAAGUAUUCAGCAUCAAUGUUUUUCGCCAUUGGUCUUGUUCACUUGUUGUGCUUAUCGCAUCCCAUAGGUUCUGCCUCAAUCAAGUUGCUCGAUAGCCCUGAUCAUUCGAUCGACUCCACGCGCGAAGGUCAUGUUCGAGCAGUGAAAUCUGCGGCGCACAUUAGCCGACGAUCUGACACUGGCCUGUCCCCAGCUGUUGCAAAUAGCGGGUGCUAUAAUUACCUCAAGGAAAAAGAUGGGUGUGCUUAUGCCAACCCAACAAACAAUUGCGCCAGGAAGAUGUCCAGUAUGGCGGUGCAACUGUUCGCGAUGGGUCCUCCUCCGGGCAACACGAGUUCGCACAUCGACCAGUCAUCACUCCCAAGCGAAAAAGCAUUAUUGAAGCGCAAUGAAAAUCAAACCUGGUCUGCACCUACACCUAAAAAUACUACAAGUUUUCUAGCAACAAACUCCAUUUUAUCAUCAAAUUCUUCUUCAAACUCCUCGGUUUUUCUUGGAAACACAAGUCUUCCGCUCUAUAACAACAGUGAAAGUAGCAUCUGUGGUAAUUACGAUGGCGAGGAGCAGAUGGGUGUAUGUCUCUGGAGUGGCCCUUCUUCUGGUACUCCGGACAGUAAUGGCAGCGGUUGGGUCAGUUCUAAUAUAACAGGAAAUUGUCACAAGGAAGUUAUCCUUCAGCGAUCCGGCUCCAAUUCCCCAAUGAUAGUAGCAAGGGUGCUUGAAGGGUGCAGCUUUAGUACAGAAGAAUUAUCAACUGGCUGCUCGCAAAUCUACAUCACAAAAAAGGUGUUUAUGGCACUCAAUCCUAGUCCUACCGAGCUGGAAAAGGGGGCACUGGAAGACACCAUAACGUGGGAUUUCAAUUCACGAGGAAACAUUUUUAAUUCUGCAGUGUAAUAGCAGCGUAAUAUUUCUUGUUUUGACAUUGUUUUGGUAGUGCCGAUUGUAAACACCAGAGCUGUUUGUUCUAAUGUGUCACAUCGCCGCGUUGAAUUGAUCACUGCUUUAGUUGAAUAAUCGAGUGACUCCGCCGCUACGGCAUAUUUUAAUCAGGUCUUGUUUCGAUAAUCGCGCAAUACUGCUUGUUUUCCCAUUUUUUGGUGAAAUCGAUGUCAUUUUUUUAGAUUGUCACGCGGACGUUUUAAA